AUGCCUUCAAAAAAUUCUAUUAAUGUCGCAAAACAAACAGAAACUCAAGCUCGUAAAAGAGCUGCUUUAGCUAAGAAAAGAGCUGAUAGAGCCAGAAAAGGAUUAACAGCACCACCAAGAAGUGCAAAUGAUUCAAGAUCAGGUAGACCAAAAUCAACUGCUGUUGCUUUAUAUUCAGGUGCCCAACCAGUCGGUAGAGUUACUACUACUACUUUAUCAAACAAGAGACUUCAUAAAAUUGAAAGAAACAAGAAAUAUGUUGCUAAAAGAAGAGAACUUGAAGAUAAAUUAUUAAUUGAUGCUACAGCACAAGCUGAAGAACAAAUGGAUGUUGAUGAUGAAGAAAAACCAGCUAAAAAAGACAGUCAAGAUACCAAAAUAAAUAGCGUCAAAGCUGCUUUAUGGUCAGUUAUUGAAGAUAGUACCUCUGAUUCUUUAGUUGUUGAUUCAACUGGUGAAGGUACAACUUUAGGUGGUCCAAGCUUUUUUUAA